AAGUCAAUCCCCCCGCUGAACUCAGUCAGUAGCGCUGCCUCUCCGCUUCUCUCCGUGUCAGAACAGUGUGAACGAGGAAACUGUUUUCACAGCAAAGGAACUUUCUGUCUGAGAGCUACAUCCAUCUAGGACAACAUUAAUCGUCUUCAAACGUGUUUUAUCAACGGAUUAAUCUAACCAAGCUGGGACUAAUACUCUGCUCUCUGUGGUAAUGGAUUUUAACCUGCUGACUGACAGCGAGGCUCGCAGCCCGGCUCUCUCCCUAUCAGACUCCGGGACCCCUCAACACGAUCCGGGAUGCAAGGGGCAGGACAACAGCGACACCGAGAAGUCCCAGCAGAACCAGACGGACGAGUCAAACACAGAGGACGGCUCCCUCAAGAAGAAGCAGCGCCGCCAGCGUACCCACUUUACCAGCCAGCAGCUGCAGGAGCUCGAAGCCACCUUCCAGCGGAACCGCUACCCGGACAUGAGUACGCGCGAGGAGAUCGCGGUGUGGACCAACCUCACGGAGGCGAGGGUCAGGGUGUGGUUCAAGAAUCGCAGAGCCAAGUGGAGGAAGAGAGAGAGGAACCAGCAGGCUGAGCUGUGUAAGAGCGGCUUUGGGGCUCAGUUCAAUGGACUCAUGCAGCCCUAUGAUGACAUGUACUCGGGCUACUCCUACAACAACUGGGCCACCAAGAGCCUGGCCAGCAGCCCCCUGUCGGCCAAGAGCUUCCCUUUCUUCAACUCCAUGAAUGUGAGCCCACUCUCCUCUCAGCCCAUGUUCUCCCCCCCCAGCUCCAUCUCCUCAAUGAACAUGGCGUCAUCCAUGGUGCCCUCUGCAGUGACGGGGGUGCCUGGCUCCGGCCUCAACAACCUCAGCAAUCUUAACAACCUCAACAGCCCUGCCCUGAACUCCGCCGUGUCGGCCAGUUCCUGCCCCUACGCCAGCAGCGCCAGUCCCUACAUGUACAGAGACACGUGCAACUCCAGCUUGGCAAGCCUGCGGCUCAAGGCCAAGCAGCAUGCCAACUUCGCCUACCCAGCGGUUCAGAACCCAGCUUCCAACCUGAGUCCCUGCCAAUAUGCAGUCGACAGGCCUGUAUGAGAAACUCCCCCACAAAUGACUGCGCAACGGGGUGGUGACCUAAUAAUGUAUGCCUGGGAUGAAACCGCUACUGGAUUAAGCUAGAAACCUUUCCAAUCUACGUCACAGUGGACCACUCGUAACUUUCAAAAAUUGCCAGGACAAAUUCCCAUAGAUGGUUGGCUUCACUUAUGUACCUCGACCAACCAUUGGAGUGACACUGCUUGGGAGAAUCGUGACCAUAUCUGCUACCAUAAUCUUGAACGCAUGACCAUUCAAACACAGUAUGCAUUUACGAUAUGGUGGCCAUACCAAUAAUACACAUUUGACACUGGCAUACCUGAAAACAUGCAUGGCCAUUACAACUUCAUGGGGACCUGUGGUUGUAAUAUGGUCUAUGGGAUGUAUAUAAUGAACUUCAUUUGUUUGUUUUGUAUGUGAAAUAAUAAUCUAUAAAAAUAGUACUUUGAAGAUUAAAAAGCAUGUUGCUGAAGAGCAGACCCUA